AUGGAACCAAUAAAUAAUAAUAAUAAUAAAAAUAAAAAAUAUAAAUUUAAUUUUAGUAAAAUGCAUGGUGCAGGAAAUGAUUUUGUUGUAUUUCAUAUCAAUGCUGUUAAAAGAUUAAAUAGUGAUGACGAAUCAGAAGUUUCAAUCGAAGAAAUAAGUAAAGUAACACCAAAGAUUUCUCAUAGAAAACUUGGGAUUGGAUGCGAUCAGUUAAUUAUUGUCGAUGAUUCACCAAAGAAUAAAGAAACAAAUUUUGGUAUGCAUGUCAUUAAUUGCGAUGGUGUCAUUGAAAUGAUGUGUGGCAAUGGUGUUAGAUGUGCAAGUAAAUAUUUACUCGAUAACCACAUUAAAUCAAAAAGCAAAUCAUAUGAAGGUAAUGGAGAGCAAUUAAUUGAAACUAAAUCUGGCGUAAUCAAAACCUAUCCACUUUUAGAUCACCAAAAUACAGAUUAUAAACAAGAUAGUAGAUUAAUGGUUAAAGUUAAUAUGGGACAACCCAAAUUAGUAUCAACCUCACUAAAGAAAUAUAGUUUAGAUGAACAAAUAUUAAAAAAGAAUUCAAUACCACCAAAAGAAUCGUUCGUUAUUACCAUUGAUGAUUUAAACUUACCAUAUUGUAAUAAGAUUGAAAUCGUUUUAGUUAGCUGUGGAGGUGCUCAUGCAGUAGUUUUUUUAGAUAGAAACAUAGAAUUGGGAUACUUUACACAAAACUAUGGAAAAGAAGAUUUGAGUAAAAUCAAUAUUAAAGAUUUAGCUGAUAAAAUUCAAGAACAUCCAUUAUUUUUAAAAGAUACUAUUCCAAAUGUUGAAUUUGUAUAUCAAUCUAUCAAAGAUAAAGAAAUCAAUAAAGUCCAAUCUAGAGUCGUCGAAAGAGGAUCAGGUGAAACAUUAGCAUGUGGUACUGGUGCUUGUGCUGUUGGUAUUGCCGCUUAUUUAUUAAACUAUGUUAACGAUUCUUCUGAUAUUUCUUGCGAAAUGCCAGGUGGUAAUUUAUUAAUCCAAUGGUCUUCCGAAACCAACGAAACUUUUAAAACUGGCCCUGCUGUUACUUUGUUCAACUCUGAAUUUACAGUUUAA